GUGACUAAAGUGCUUUUCCCUCCACACAGUGGCAUUAGUAAGAUCCCUGGUUUACAGAGAAACAUGCUGGGAAUACAGAUUAUAGCUUUCAUAUUUUGUUUCUGUGGGCUGGGAGCUGCUAUUGCUGCUACUGCAUCAAAUGAGUGGAAAGUCACUAGUCGAGCAUCAUCUGUUAUCACUGCAACCUGGGUCUUCCAGGGUCUUUGGAUGAACUGUGCUGGCAACGCACUGGGGGCUUUUCACUGCAGACCUCACCUUACUAUCUUCAAAGUAGAAGGUUACAUCCAAGCCUGCAGAGGAUUGAUGAUCUCCGCUGUCUGCCUGGGCUUCUUUGGUGCCAUUUUUGGACUAGUUGGCAUGAAAUGUACAAAAGUUGGAGGGUCUGAUCAGACUAAAGCAAAAAUAGCUUGCUUAGCUGGACUGUUUUUCAUACUGUCUGGGUUGUGCUCUAUGACUAGUUGUUCCCUGUAUGCAAACAGGAUUACGUCUGAGUUCUUUGACCCUUCUUUUGUUGCACAAAAGUAUGAAUUAGGAGCAGCUUUGUUCAUUGGAUGGGCUGGAGCUUCACUCUGCAUAAUUGGUGGCAUUAUAUUCUGCUUCUCAAUAGCUGAAAACAGUCAUUCUACAAGGAGGGGGUAUGCCUAUAAUGGAGCCACAUCUGUGAUGUCUUCUCGUACAAAGGUCCACAACAGUGUCCCUGACAAAUCCCCACCCAAGCACUUUGACAAGAACGCUUAUGUUUAGUUGCACUCUUGGAAGACUCAAAGCGUUUUUAAACGUGAUUUUGUACGUUUCAUUCAGAGUGAUUCCCCUCAGCCCAAUGUACUUACCACUAAGACAAUGACUUUUAAAAAUAUUAACUUGCAGCUUUUUACAUAUUGAUGUAAAUUUUAUUAUAUAAUAUUUUAAGAUUGAUGUUGGUAUUGUAAAGUUUAUACCUGGCAAUCAUGAGCUGAUAUUGCAUUCUUGAAAAAAAAAUAAAUGAGGUAUUUACUAAUUCAGUUUGUCAUGUCAGCUGCUUAUGGGAAUGGCAUCACACACAUCGUAUUGGCAUACUGCAGUUCAAAACCUGAGCUAGUGUUUUUUCUUUGUCUGUCCACAGAAAUGUGAUGAUUUUUCAGGGAGCAUUUGUCCAGGUCAAU